AUGAUCAGUCUUGAUAGGAGGAGACAAGAAAGAUGCAAUCAAAAAGACAAGGGAAAGCAACUGGGGCUGAUGGGAAAGCUGAAGCAGGCAGUUAAGGUGACGCGGUCGCCUGAGGCAUCAACGUCCAGUGACCUUCAGGCCCCAACGUCACUCAUUCCUCCUACAGCUCCUCUUUCCCCUCGGUCUUUAUGGCGCUAUCCUUCCACACCUGCUGAGCUGCUUCUUGUCUGGUAUCUAAGCAAGUAA